AGUUGCUUUAGAUGAAAUGAAGUUGGCAGUCUCUAGCAUAUUAAAGUCUGAUCUUGGGAUGUGGACACGCAGAAAUUUACUGCUGCAAUUAUGGAUUCAUGAAGACUUAAAACCAUCUGGGGUGUGCAUGUCAUGGCAACAAAGAGCUGAGCAAGUUGCAGAACCCUUACCAAAAAUAUGUGCAGCAAUUAUCUCCAGGACUUGAACCCACUGAGUCUUAAGGUGUGUUUCAAGCACUUUGAGUAUGGUGCCAUGAGAGAUGCUGUUGUCCAUGACAGGUUGGGAUUAUCAUGAUCAAGUGCUCUAUUUUGAUUUCACCCAGUGGCUAAAAGAUUUGUGUGGCAAAGAGGAAGUGUUGGACUUUUAAAAGCAUUAAACAGGCCCGUGACGGAGGGUUAGACCGGAUCAGUGGAGUCAUGCAUCACACAGCUGUAUCAUGCUGGCAGCCUUUCUUGGGUCUGGCUGUGCUGCUAGUCUUCACAGGCAACACCAUAGGCUGCCCAGCCCGCUGUGAAUGCUCAGCACAGAACAAGUCUGUCAGCUGUCACCGACGGCGUCUGAUGUCCAUCCCAGAGGGCAUUCCCAUUGAGACCAAAAUCUUGGACCUCAGCAAGAACCGACUGAAGACUGUCAACCCUGAGGAAUUCACAUCGUACCCUUUGCUGGAGGAGAUUGACCUCAGUGACAAUAUAGUCGCUAAUGUGGAGCCUGGAGCCUUUAACAACCUCUUCAACUUGCGCUCCUUGAGGCUGAAAGGAAACCGUCUGAAGCUGGUCCCCCUUGGGGUGUUCACUGGGUUGUCAAACUUAACAAAGCUUGAUAUAAGUGAAAACAAGAUUGUCAUUUUGCUUGACUACAUGUUCCAAGAUCUACAUAACCUGAAAUCCCUGGAGGUUGGGGACAAUGAUUUGGUUUAUAUAUCACACAGGGCCUUUAGUGGACUGCUUAGCCUGGAGCAGCUCACCCUGGAAAGAUGCAACCUCACAGCUGUACCAACAGAAGCUCUUUCUCACCUCCACAAUCUUAUCAGUCUGCAUCUGAAACAGCUCAACAUUAACUCUUUGCCGGCAUAUGCCUUUAAAAGACUUUUUCGCCUGAAAAACCUAGAGAUAGAGGCCUGGCCCCUCCUGGACAUGCUACCUGCCAACAGUCUGUAUGGUCUCAACCUCACUUCUCUUUCUAUCACCAACACCAACCUGUCUGCAGUACCUUACUCUGCUUUUAAACAUCUGGUUUACCUGACGCAUCUAAACCUCUCUUACAAUCCUAUCAGCACCAUUGAAGCAGGCAUGCUUUCAGAUUUAGUGCGCCUGCAGGAACUCCACAUGGUGGGGGCCCAGCUACGUACCAUUGAAUCACAUGCUUUCCAAGGGCUCCGAUUCUUGCGCGUGCUUAAUGUGUCCCAAAACCUGCUAGAAACCCUAGAAGAGAAUGUAUUCCAUUCUCCUAAAAGCCUUGAGGUCCUCUGCAUUAACAACAACCCUCUAGCCUGUGACUGCCGUCUCCUUUGGAUUUUACAAAGGCAACCCACUUUGCAGUUUGGCAGCCAGCCACCAAUGUGUGCUGGCCCAGACAGUGUCAAAGAGAGGUCAUUCAAAGACUUUCACAGCACAGCUCUUUCCUUUUACUUCACCUGCAAGAAGCCCAAGAUACAAGACAAGAAGUUGCAGUACCUGGUAGUGGAAGAAGGGCAGACAGUGCAGUUGAUGUGCAACGCUGACGGGGAUCCGCAACCUACCAUAUCCUGGGUUACCCCACGUCGGAGGCUGAUCACAGCUAAAUCUAACGGAAGAGCCACUGUGUUAGGAGAUGGCACCCUGGAGAUCCGAUUUGCUCAAGACCAGGACACUGGGAUCUAUGUUUGUAUUGCAAGUAACGCAGCUGGGAAUGACACCUAUUCGGCUUCCCUUAUGGUAAAGGGGUUUACCUCAGACCGUUUCCUUUACGCCAACAGGACCCCCAUGUAUAUGACAGACUCCAAUGACACAAGUUCCAAUGGAACUAAUGCAAACACCUUCUCUCUGGACCUUAAGACAAUAUUGGUGUCAACAGCUAUGGGCUGUUUCACAUUCCUUGGAGUGGUUUUAUUUUGUUUCCUCCUUCUUUUUGUGUGGAGCCGAGGGAAAGGCAAACACAAAACCAGCAUUGACCUUGAGUAUGUCCCUCGCAAAAACAAUGGUGCUGUGAUUGAAGGGGAGGUUACUGGACCACGGAGGUUCAAUAUGAAAAUGAUUUGAUGGUAUUUUGCUAGCAGUGCUUUUUCUGUGGCAUUAAAACCAAUUAAACCAGCCUGGCAUGUGGAAUUGCUAGGCAGAUGCAGCUUAAUGCAGCUGUCACUGUAUCAAAAGGUUACAUGAAAAUGGAAAGACUAUUUGUGGUUAUACAGCAGAGCCUCCAGACCUUGAGGCAGAUAUGUCAGGGCCUUUCAUAGAACUGGGAAAUUGUACUAACUGUUUGCAUUGCAAAUAUUGGCAUUCUGGGGAUAUCAGCAAUGAACCACUGGCUCAUGCUCAUGGACAAUUGUUCAACAUUUUCUACCACUACAAAAAUAAAAGAAAAAAAAAAAACAAAAAAAAAGCCUACAGUGUAGGAUUUACAUACUUAAGGAAAAAGACACAUUUGUCUAAAACAUACUCUACAGUGAAAUUUGUAUCUAUAGAUCUCAUUUGAUAAAAUCUUUCAUCACCCCUUCUAGUUGGUUCUACGCCACAAAAAAUUGGUAGUUUUUUUUUUGUUUUUUGUUUGUUUGUUUUUUAAUCUACAUCUAUACUGUGUACAUUUUAAAGCAAUACAAAUGAGAGGUUAUGCUUUUAGAUAUCCACCAAUACUGACCCGAGUGUGAUGUCACCUUCCUUUUAAAUACCAUCUAACCCAAAUUAGACUCUUGCAGUUACCAAUUAGAAAUAACAUAUUUUUCUCCUCAUGUAGAAGGCCAGAGAUGAAUAGUUGAGAGGAAAGAUGUUCAGCUCUGUUGAUCUUCUCUUCAUAUAAAUAUAAGGCAUGUGCCUAGUUUUGAUACAGAAUGGAAUAUUUUUUAUAUCUGUGAUAUCACACUGGACCAGUUUACUGUAACAGAGCCCUGGAUCCCACCCAGGGAAGGCAACCCACUAGACAUUUCUGGCAUAGAGGAGCUGAGUUCUACCUUGAAGAGAGAGAGCUGUUUUUGUUAGUCCUGAUUUUAAUUUCAAAGCCACUGCUAAAAUGUUAACGUAUACUUGACAAAAAGAAAAAAAAAAGCAUUUUACAUAAUCCUUGGGAAAUAUGAUUGUCUUACUAUUUCUAAAAGUAAACUAAAACAUACAAAUCCUCUGCUACUAGGAACGAACUCUUCUCCAAUGCCAAGUAAACUAUGGUUGUCCAUGCAUAAUACAGGGAUCAUAAAGCUAAAAUAAUCUUUUAAAACAUGAUAGCCUCAAAAAGGCUAGCAUACUGCCAGAUAAAUGAACCUCUAGCCACAGUCAUUCUCAUCUUGUAUAUUUGUAGAUAACAGAUAAACACAAAACUAAUUUCCAAGAACAGAUUACUUACUUAGCUGUUCUUGAUGCCAUUUUAAUAACUAUGUGGUUAUGUUUCUUUCAGGGGCAGUAUCUUAGAGGAAGAGGGGCAAGUUUUUCCAGGUUUUAGAAAGCUUUUUAAUGGAGGGAAGACAGAAGUGGAAUGUUAGUUCAGUAGAAGUAACCUUUUUAGUUUGUUUUAUGUCUCAAAACAAAUCUCAAAAGGCUCAGAACUGAAACUUUAUUCUUUAUCGUUGAUACUACUGAUCUUACUUUGAAAUUCUCAGUAAUGGGAAGAUAGAGAGUUAUUCAGCCACCUCUCAAUUUUCCAGCAAUUAUGAGCCAUAGGUUUGUUGCUAAGUGACUGAUAACAAAUACAAUUUGUAGAUAUUGUUUGACAUAAUUUGGAACAAGGAUGAUAAUGACUAUGUACGUUUAGCCAAAAUUAAUAUGAAAAUAUUAUAAGACAGAACAUUCAGAUUAAUGUGGUUUCAGAACCUGCAUCCAAUCUUAAAAUUAAAUUUCAGCACUUUGAAACCAAAGUCAGGCUGAUCUAUAAUGGGGUGUAGACUUUUAUAAAAUCAGUAUCCACAAUCUUUGGCAGAGAUUUUCUAAGCAGGAUAAAAAUCUCCCACUCCUAUAAAGGGCAACGUGCCAAAAGUAAAAUCUAGCUGUGCUUCCCUGGUGUACCCCUGACAUAGCUGUAGGACCCAAGGCUAGGCAGUUUUGAGAAUCUCUUUUCUUAGUGGUUGAUCUGUGGUUGCAUCACUGCUCCCUUUUAGGUCGCCAGACUAAGAAGAAUGCAAGGGUUGUUAGAAUUUUCUUCACUUUAGCUGGUUUUAAAUUUAGAAGUGAGUUUUCUUGCUGCUUUUUUUUUUUUUAAUGCUCUGAACUACUUAGUUGGAGAUUUAUGGAGAUGCUUGAGACUAAUCCUCUUUGUUCUAUGACAAUUUGUAGAACAUUAAUACAAAGGAAUAACCCCUGCCUAAAUUCUAACACCAGGGAAAUUAUUUUUGCUGAUAUAGUAACCACCGCACUGAAGUCCAAAAUUCUAGUGUACCUUAAUAUGGGCAGUUAAAGAAACAAAUGGGGAUAAAACAAAGUGUUUCUGAACUGCCCAUUGAAGACAUUUGCAUGUGCCUUUCCCUUGUAAUUGUCAUUUUUUUUUAACAGUAAUCUAUUGCCCCCACAGUCACUUCAUGUUAAAUGUUGAAAUCAAUGUUAGAAGCAAAAAUUCGUCAAAAUUCUAGACAGUUGCAGCUGAUUGAUUCAUAUUAAAUGACACAAUUAAAAAAAUAAAUCUCAAAAGAAAUAUCAAAAAAUGUGCUUUUAGGAUUAAUUAUGAAUUGCUGAAUUCCCCUAUUCCCUUAGAAUGACUCUAAAAAGUGAUUGCAUUGUUAGUGCACUGCAAGGUUUCCUGAGCAGCUGUGUGCUUAGUUACUUCUGUGAAAUGUGUGCUGGUAAUGAAAAUCAGCGCUUGCUCUUGCUGAGCACCACCUUGCAGAGCUGUCAGCAUUGUGUGUAUCGCCUUGAGUUCAGUCAGUAUUCGUUUUUUAAGAAUCAGUGUUUGCUUCCUGCCUCUAGCAAUGUUCUACUUUUUGUAGCCUAUUUAUUUCACCAUGGACUUGGCAAGGCAUAUGGCAUCUCUUAACAGAAGGGAGAACAGCAAGACUCAGAGACAAGCUUUUAUCUUGCUCCACAUAGUCUUCUUUGUAUGUGUUUGUGGGACACGUGCUUACUGUGGCUGUUUUGGAUGAAUAAGGAGUACAGCAUCAGGGUCAGACCUAUAUAAGCACCUUUGUGACAGUUCUUUUAAGAACAGGGUGGCUGAAUGCCUACUCUGCCUCUUGAAGGAGUCAUUUCUUUUCUGCUAGAGAUCAAAGAGACACCACAGUUUAUCUUACUGCAAAAGGAAAAAAGGACUGGGCUGUGAGGAGGCAUCUGACCCACAUGGAUGCACUAUCAUACAAUGAGACAGGUGGACAGUGCAUAUCUGCCACUAAAAAAGGGAAUGAAGUGUAUUUCCUUACCUCUGACAUGCAUAUUGUCUGGCCCCCAUGCUGGCACAAGACCAAGGCUGAACUCUCUGGGGAGUCAGUGCAGUGAGACUCUAAGGCGCAGCAAUAGUUCUGCAGAAAAGGAAAAAUCUGAAAAUGUCAAAACCACCAGAGUGACUUGAGAAAGCAGGUACCACAGUAAACUAGUCAAUAAUUUCUGUAAAAGAACCUCCCACAAAUACAUUUUGAUGGUCACUUCCACAGGCUGGUACUCCUCUCUCAUAAUGAAUGGAUGUACAAGUGCUCAGAUUCCCCUUGAGUGACCUGAAGAGGACCCUGUAGCAAUGUAUUAAGAAAAGAUUUUGCAAUAGUGUAAAAUGAACUAAGACUAAGUAGUGCCCCACCUCAGCCUUAUUUUUAGGUUUUGAGCUGGUUCUCUUCCCCCCUCCCCACCCUUCUUCCUCUGUUAUUAAUUGGCAGCAUUCUUUUCAGAAAUGCUUAGUCCACAACAUCAGCUCAGUUGGAUUCAGACUAGGAGACUGCGUUUACCCUCUAUUUCCCCUUCCCUCACCAUUCAUGCACCCUUUGCACCCUCAUGGUGCCAACAGGGUCAACAGCUCCAGGUACAAUUGAGAUCAGGCAGGAGACUUUGAGCCCCCUAUAGAAUUGUUGAUACAAGCUGAUGCCACUAGAUAUUUCUUUAAACAAUUUUUUUUUUUAAUUAAGUUGAUGUUAUUGUCACUCAUUCAAGUUUUCCUUUAUUACGUGAACAGUAGCUGUCUUUUUUUCCUUAUUUCUUGCAUCAUGGUAUUGCACCACCUACGAUGGUAACAAUUAUACUAUCAAAAAGAAAAUUAAGAAAGAAAACCACAUUACAUCCUGCACACCACAAAUUGUAGUUGAAGCAUAAGAGACACAGUAAGAACUCAGCAUGAAUAUUUAAUGGAAAAUCUUUUAAACCUUUUGAUAGGAGAAAAAAAAUUGUGUGGAGAAACUUUGGAAUGUAUGCCAUGUUGCGACUGAAUCACACCAAAGUUAUGUUGAAAUAGAGUUUCCUACACCCUGCCUAUAUGUCUGUCCUAGAUACUGGACUUUUCCCAAAAAACAUUCAGGAUGUGUGAAUGCCUGAAGCACACAUUUAACCCAUGAAAAGGCAAAUCAUUGUUCAAAUCCAGUAGUGAAAGCAGUUUCUGGAUGCCCAAGGAUAACAGCAGCUUCUAGCAAAGACAGCCAAGAAACUGCUGUCAUACAGUUAUUUUGCCUCAUCUGCUACUGCAUCCUGUGAAAAAAGGGUCCUUAGCCAGUAAUAAAAUGGAAAAUCUUUAUACAUUUUUCUUCAAAGGGGGCAACAUUUGUGUAAUACGCUACAGUUUCACCUCCAUCCCCAGCAAUGAAACAUCCAGGAAGAAGUGAGGAAGAGGAAACCUAUUCUGGCCAGUUUGCUAAUUACCUUUUUCCCCUUAAUGAUUUUAGUACUACCUGAGGGUAGCAUGACGACUGCUGUCUAUUCCUGUCCUUUCAGCUCCCAGUGUGGCUUGACAUGGAGUAGCAGGGAAAGAAGCACAUAGUCAGGCUGUCCCUCCUCCAUGAACUGUAACUCUGGUCUUCUCAAAUAAAAUAACCAGUGCAUCAGCAGUGUCUUGGAAAUGGCAGACUGCUGCAGCUCAUUUGUAGUUUUGCCAUAAGACAAUAUGUGGGACACAUGCUUUCUAACCCCAUUUCAGUAUCCUAGGUGACUGUGCUAAAAUAAAGUAAGAAAACUUUCAUCCAGUAAUUUAAAAGUUAAUUGUGCCUAAAGGAGUUAAAGGAGCACAUUUGGAAAAGGUAAAGUGCCUGAUUGCUGGAGAAUCCCUGAAACAAUAAGAUUUCUCAAGUUAGCUAAGCAAUUUGGAUGCCCUGUUUCUAUCACCUGUAAUAAGAAUUACAAACUCAAUUUCCCUUGGCAGCUUAGAAGAAUCGCAGCCAGUUGGUUCAGUGAUACAUGCUCCCUUUUUCUUUCUCUAGCUCUGCCCUCUUCCUUUCUCAGUUUCAAAUGACUGUGAUGCUAAAAGAUUUCUGGAUUCAGUUUAGUUUCACUGCAUAUUCACAUGGCUUUUGGAAUCUAGACCUCAAAGCAGGAUCUUAAAUCCUCUUCAAGCCAAAAAAUAGAAAUAAAAAAAAGAAGACAAAGCUUGGGUAAACCUUCUCCUGCAAAUAAAAUAUACCAACUUCUGUGAGCCUGCUGCUACUGAGAUAGCUACAAGCCAAAAGCAAUCUGCAGGUUGAAUGAGUCUUAGUCGUUUUUUCUUUUUUAACUAGAAGCAGGUGGUUGGAUAUAAGGCCAGCUGGAAACAAAAAUCUGUAUUUAUAGCCUCAGUGGAAGAAGGAAAGAGCUGGAAUAGUCAAGAAAAUGUUCCACAUUACUUCCACUUAAAAUUAAGAAUAUCCAUAUUCAAAUAGAUCAUAGAGGGGUACAAAAGAGUACAAAAUGGAACCAAAAUUAUCAUGAAGCAGAAGUCUUGAAGCAAGAGACUAAGAACGUAGUCAGGUAAUAUGCAUCAGGAGAAAUCCUCUUGACACCAUUCUCUUACUCCUUUGUUACACUAGAAAUUUGAUAAACAAAUCUAGGUUUUUUGCUUUCUACUAAGUAAGGCUAUAAUGGAAAACAAGCAGAACUUACAUUUUAGUUGUUUCUCACCUUGUGUCAUACUUUCUAUUCUAGAUUGCUUUAAUAUUUACCACUGCUUACUGAGCUGGAGAAUGUGAAAAUGUAGAUUCUGGGAAGAAGAAAAGAAAAAAAAAAAAAGCAAAAGGAAAAGAAAAUGUGUAACCUUAAAGAAGUCUGCCUAUUUCUAUGUGUGGCAUUUGCAAGGCAACAACAUUAUCUCCUCACACACAAGCCAAGAACAGUGGCUUGAAAUUUCAAGGCAGCUGUGAAGAUGGUUGUCAACUUGUAUACAUGUUAAUAAUAUCGAUCUUUCAGAAAACAAAAUAUGAUUGUUUCAUGAAGAAUUCACUUACUCCAUUUUGAUACAUAAAAUUAAAUGACACUUUUCCUUCAUUACAGUGGGCACUGUGUAAGAAGAAAGUAAAUGACAACCCUAAUCUGGUGAGCUUACAGCCAUACAGUAGAAAGCUGGCUUCUGGGCAAGUACAUAUGAUAGCAAGUCUCUCAUUGUUUAGGGAGGGAAUGCCAUAGUGCAUAUAUAUCAAAAUAUCAUCACACUUAUUGAAAUCUAUUUGCAAGCACAUGUAGUUCAUAUGUAUAUGUUUGUGUGUGGAAAAAAAAAAGUAAUUAGAUUUGUUUUGUUCUUUUCUUAUUUCAAGUAUUAAGUGUAUAUUGUUUUUAAAAGGUGACAAGGUUAACCAGAAAAAAAUGUGUUGUAAUUUAUUUUAAUAUAUAUGAUCAUAAGUAUGGAUGGGAAAUGAAACAGUCUUGCUGUUAUGAUCCAUGAAGCACACGACAUGUUGGGUUUGUCCAUAAGUUUGCUUCAUGUUUGAGCAAAAUAUGCUAAUAUAAUGGGGGGAGGGG